UGUGGUCGGGUCGCGCAGAUCUCUCAUUAACCGGAUACGGUGUAGAGGUCGGAUUGUAAACCGUUGCAACUAACGUUGGAUUUUUUGGGGUUAAUUUUCUCUUCAUAUGUCUAGCUAUAACCUCAUAAAUUGCUAUAAGUCUAUUUGUCUUAAAUUGGGCGUUUUGUUGCUAUAAUGACAGAAAUGGAGGGGGUGGUUUAAUAACCCACAGCACGGUUCAUUCUCAGUAAGUUAACGUUAGCUCCAGCUUCUCCCGGUCUUUACCGGGUGGGUUCAACUUAGGCAGUUUGUCGCUAGACAUGGCAGGCGGGUUGAAAGCGGGAUUCGUGCGGCUCAUGGACUAUUUGCAGGAUCCUCAGCACGUCGCGCGCUUCCAGCGGCUUUGCGGGGUUCGCGAGACCGAGCCUCGUGACAAACUUCGUAACGGGGCACCAAGCGCUCGCCACGGGGAUGUUCAGAACGGAGGCGGGGAUGCCACCCGCCGUAGACCAGAGAGCGGCAGAGGGAACGGCGCUGCAGGAGAAAACGGGCAGGUACUGGAUAAAGACGGGGUCGAGGCUCAGGAAUCCGCGGUAAAGCCGUUGCGCAGAAACUCUCUCACCGGAGACCUCGGGCAGGAGUUCAUCAUCGACAAUAAGUUUCUUUUCUACCUGUUCACGCUUGGCACUGAGCUAGGGAACGAGCUGUUCUAUAUCUCGUUCUUCCCGUUCUUCAUGUGGAACGUAGACGCGUAUGUGAGCCGCCGGCUGGUCGUGGUCUGGGUGUUGGUCAUGUAUCUCGGCCAGUGCACGAAAGAUGUGAUCCGGUGGCCGAGACCUGCCUCUCCUCCGGUGGUCAAGGUGGAGAUGUUCUACAACUCUGAGUACAGCAUGCCCUCCACGCAUGCCAUGUCCGGUACCGCCAUACCCUUGUCCCUGUUCCUGCUGACCUACCGUCGAUGGGAGUAUCCUAUGCUGUUGGGUCUCUCUCUGGCCAUCAGCUGGUGUGUCCUAGUGUGUUCGAGCCGCAUAUACAUGGGCAUGCACUCCAUACUGGACAUUAUUGCUGGUUUUCUGUUCAGUUUGCUGAUCCUGCUGGUCUUCAGUCCUGCUCUGGAAAUCAUUGACACCUUUAACCGCACGCAUCCCUACGCGCCGCUCAUCAUCAUCUCCCUUCACGUAGGACUAGGCCUCUUCUCCUUCACCUUGGACACCUGGAGCACCUCACGUGGCGACACUGCCCAAAUCCUGGGCUCUGGGGCAGGUAUCGCCUUGGCAUCCCACAUCAACUACCACCUGGGCCUUUUGCCAGACCCACCUGCAUCAGUGUUGCCUCUUCAGCCCCCAUCUUUCACCCUCAGCCUGAUCGGACUCUGUCUACUCCGCUUUCUCCUCGGUGUCAUCAUUCUCUUGGCUACCAGAGCCGUAAUGAAGGCUCUCACCAUCCCGCUCGUCUGCUGGCUCUUUGGGAUUCCCAGCAAUGACGUUCGGAAAGCCAGGCAGCACAUGGAGGUAGAGCUGCCAUAUCGUUAUAUCGUCUACGGAACAGUGGGGUUAAAUGCGCUUUUCCUUGUGCCUUUCCUUUUUGCGUAUGUGGGCCUGUUGUGAUUAGAUGCAAGAAACACCAAUUCUUACGACCAAUAAGAGGCCAAUUGGACUGCAGCGGCAACUCCCUUUGAAUCAAAGAUUGGAUGGAACUAAUGCCUUUCAUGUAACACUGUGCUGCAUCUUCCAAAUGACUCGUUUUCCAUCAUUUACACUGUAGUUUUAUCAGAUGUUCUAUUCAAAACACCUGUUUGGUGUUGAUCCAGAGAAUAUUGCUUUUUUCUAUGCAGUUUGCAUUGCAUGUAUAGUACAGUAGCAUAUCUAUCAGAUUCUAUUCUUAUCUAAAAUUGAAAACUUUUGUGUACUACAGUGCUUGUUAUAUUUUUCGCAAGCAAUACAGCAUUUUUGCUAAUUAUCAAACUUUAGAGGAAUUUUGACCAAUCUUUUGACAAGUUUUGUUCAUGCCACAGUAGGAUGACUCAAACUCUUGCAUCAAGAGUUGACUGAAACUUCUCUUUUUUUUUAAGGUGCAAAAUCUCUGAUGAAUAGGCUGGAACUGAUGCCAGCAUUUAUGUUUCUUAUGUUUGUGAGAUUUGAAUCUGAAAUCUCAAAUGUUAAUAGAAAAGGCUAGCAUUGGGAGCAGCAUUGAUCUUUGUAGUCAUUUUGUUGUAGUUUAUUGAGAUGUUUAAUUUCAGAUCUAAAGCAAGUUAGACUAUUUCUCCAAAGACCUUUGUAAUGAUAGAAGCUUUAAACGAAUAGUUCAUGCAAAAUUAUAGUUCUGUCAUUCAUUUACCCUCAUGUUCAAUAAUUGACAUUCAUUCUUCUGUGGAGCACAAGAAAAUAUUUUGAGAAAUGUCUUUUUGUGCAUAUAAUGGAAGUCUAUGGACUCUAAUUUGGUUCCCAACGUUCCAUCUUGUUGUCCACAGAGAAAGUAAGUUGCACAGGUUUGGAAUGAGAUGAGGGUGAGUAAAUGAUGACAGAAUUUUUCUUUUUUUUUCACUGUCCAUUGAACUGAUCACUCACUCAUUAAAACGUCUUGUUGAUGCACUCAUGAUUUACAUAUUAUUAUUGGAUUUUUUGUUUUUAUAUUAAAUACAUGUCAGGGAGUCUGGCUCGUAAUCAGAAUUUUAUAAGAUCUUAAAUCUCAGUCUGCUUAUAUUCCCUAUAAGUUGCUGCUUAGAACAUGGUAAGGUGUGUGUGCCUAAAUAUGUGCAGAAAAGCAGCACUUGACUAAUAAAUGCAUUUAGCAGUGUGUUUUCAGUCAGGUUGAAACACUCGUAAAUGUCAGGUUUGUCACUCAGCCUAUGAAUAAAUGAUAAUCAUAAAAUGAUAGUUAAGGUUGUGUUUGAUGUAUAGUUAAGAUGAAUUUGUGGUACUGAUUUAAAUGCACUUCCCAGAUUGCACUGCUCUGCUGCCUACUGUUGUGCAUGUCGCCGGUUUAUUGCAUGACACUGCUGUGUGCGUGUUAAUAGUCUUCCUGUGGCCUUGUGUGUCUUUGUGCACACUUAUGUUCCUUUUUUGCUGAAAGAGGUGGUUUCCUAACUCCUCACUUCUGUAAACAGGAUUGUUUAGGAAUCUCUGAAUGAUGAGACAGCCAGUUACUCUUCUCAGCUGAAUUCAAUGCUGACCUUGGACCCUACAACAAUGCAGAUCUUUGUCAUUUUAAGGUCAGAGGUUAUAAGUAUGAGGCAAAGUUACUUUCUGGACCAAUUGGGCUUGUUCCUUACCACGUGGUUCCAUUAAUAAGUAUGUUUUUAUGGAUGGCAGUAGGUAGAUUGUAGCAUUUUUCUCAGGCUUGUGUUCUAGUAAUGUCAUGUGUUGUUUAUGACCAAAUAUGAGUGCUCUCAGUAUUUGUAAAUCUAUUAUGUAGGUUAGUUUUUCCCUUUUCACUCCUACACUGAAUCUGCAGAUUUUCAAAAGAUUGGAUUGCAUAUCAUUCAAAAAGCUCAAGACAUGCUGUAGCCUUUUCUUGUUUAUUUUAUGUUUUAUAACAAUAUUUUAAUAUCAUUUGAUAACAUUGACAAUAAAAAGAUAGUACUCCCAGGUCAUUUUACCUCAUAUUCCCAUGUCUAAAUGAAAACUAUUUCCCUAUAAUCAGCACCAAAUGAAGAAAAAUGCAGCAGAAUCUAUGUGGUCCUGCUCAUGACCUAGAUCAAUCUCAUGACAAAACUGGUCCAGUGGUGGAGUUUUCAUUUGAAAGUGCUUUAUUUCCUUUGAUUUGGUUUUCUGUGGUUUACUGGAAAUAACACAGCUUAUUCUGAAUAAGCAGAUCUGAUUUGGAUACCACACAGUGCCUUUUAUAUAAAUCUCUGCGAUAUUUGAUAAGCACAGACAAUUAUUCCCAUCUGUUUCUUUUCCAUUCUUCCUUCAUACAAAUAGAGCAUUUGACAAACUUUUAACCUAAGUGGAACAUUCUGAAUCAGAAUGACUGAUUUCUGCUCAAGCCAUCCUAAUUCAUGCAAUGUUGUGUUUUUAAAUCUACUAAAAAAAAAAAAAUGUUGCAAUUAACUGAAAUUAUGCAAGUUUAAAUUGGCAUAUGAAAUUACUAAAACUUAAAUAGAAAUUAAAACUUUAUAUAAAAAAAAAAACUACAUGACAAAAGCACAAAA